AUGAAGUGUCUGAUUGUUUUUGCUCUUGCUGCCUUGACUCAGGCCAACCCACUGUACCAAGUGGACACAUCAGCUGUGCUCUCCUACGCCGCACCUUUUGUGGCCGCAGACUCCGCUCUCAAGACCUUCGCUCCUGCCCCAUACGUUGACUUCUUUAACAGGGCGUACUACGCCCCAGCUGCCCCUGCGUACACUUCUGCCGUUGCUACUGCCUACGCUCCUGCUGCUGCCGCAGCUUACGCCCCAGCUGCCAUUGCUGCCUACGCUCCUGCUUCCGUGCCAGCAUAUGCCCCAGCUGCUGUUCCCGCCUACCAUGCGCUAGCUCCUGCUGCAGUCCCAGCCUACGCCCCAGCGUAUUCACCAGCUUAUGCUCCAGCAUACACCCCAGCUGUUGCCCCAGCAUUGGCCAUUUAA